GUGCGUUUUACAUCAGCGAAAAAAAAUAACUCGGGUUUUUGCAUUGCCAAAGCAGCUCUGCAUUAAUUAUCAAACUCAAAGCCAGUUACAAGACGGCGGAUUUGAAAAACGCGUUAUCUUUCCUUUGAGAGGGAGAGAGAGAGAGAGACAGGUGCAGAUUGUGUUGAGUGAUAGCUGCGGUAGCGCAGAGGAAUAGCGGAUCUGAGCGCCUCUUGCACGCACGCGCUUCAUCCACACACACGCGCGCUCAAUCUCUCAAACGCGCUCACAGACGCUCGCCUGCUUGAACGCUUUGUUGCAUCUUAUCUACUUUUAUAAUCCGCAAUGGAGGAAAACAUGGAAGAGGGUCAGACACAAAAAGGGUGCUCUGAAUGCUGCCUUAAAUGUCUGAGCGGGAUACCCUACGCCUCUCUGAUCGCAACCAUCUUGCUGUACGCUGGAGUGGCGCUGUUCUGCGGUUGCGGUCAUGAGGCUCUGUCCGGCACCGUCACCAUCCUCCAGACCUACUUUGAGGUUGUCCGGUCGCCUACUGAUGCCCUGGAUGUCUUUAUCAUGAUUGACAUCUUAAAGUAUGUGAUCUAUGGAGUUGCAUCAGCCUUCUUUGUUUAUGGUAUUCUCCUGAUGGUUGAGGGCUUUUUCACAACUGGGGCCAUUCGGGACCUGUAUGGAGACUUUAAGAUCACCACCUGUGGGCGCUGUGUUAGUGCUUGGUUUAUCAUGCUUACCUAUAUCUUCCUGUUGGCUUGGCUGGGCAUCACAGCCUUCACCUCUCUGCCAGUAUUCAUGUAUUUUACCGUCUGGAACACCUGUGCGAACAUCACAGUGAAUAAUCACCCAAACCUGUGCUUCGAUCUGCGCCAGUUUGGAAUUGUGUCUGUCGGUGAAGAGAAGAAACUUUGUUCCACUUCUGAUAACUUCAACAAGAUGUGUGAAUCUAAUGAGCUGGACCUGACAUUUCAUUUAUUCGUCUGCGCGCUUGCGGGGGCUGGAGCAGCCGUUAUCGCCAUGGUUCACUACCUGAUGGUGCUGUCAGCUAACUGGGCAUACGUGAAGGACGCCUGCAGGAUGCAGAAAUACGAGGACAUCAAGUCCAAGGAGGAACAGGAGCUCCAUGAUAUCCACUCUACUCGCUCUAAAGAGCGUCUGAACGCAUACACAUAAAGCAUGCGACCAGACGCACGCAUACACAUAUAUAAAUAUGUAUACACACACAAGCAUGUCCUUCCCCUCCCUGACGAUACACAUAUAAACUAAACUAUGUCUAAUAUCAUCGAUAUUUCCAGGGGUAUAAGGGAUGGCCGGGUGGUUGGGUUGGGAUGGGUUUGGGGAGGUAAAAUAACACUUGCUAUGUACGGGUGUGACACAGAAUGUUGGUCAGGGAGCACUCUCAUCGUCUCCAUGGCAACGUCUUUGACUACCCAUAAUCCUUUAGAUUUCGUUUUUUUUUUCACCUCAGUUGCAGUUUAAUUUCUCCUCUACCUCCCUGUUCCAUAUUUGUGUUGUGUUUGAGAUAGCACACCCUGAUAAGUUUUUGGUAACACGUAUUAUUGCGUCUCAUCGGGUAUUGAUUGGGUUUUCGAGUUUAGCCAAAGGGAUCACAGCACACUUUUUUGUAUUACACAACGGUGAUUUUAAAUUUCGCACUAGUUCACCCUAAAUAGAUUAGACUUUUUAAUCUUUUGAAACCAAAAUGUGACCAAACUUGUAACUUAUGAUUUACAGGUUUAACGCUUCAAGCUGCCAAAUUUACAACGGCAAUAGCACAAAAUAAAAUGUACAGAUUUUUUCCACUUUCUCUCUCAGUUUUGCAGUGCCAGGGAUUUCAAAAAGUACCUUAAAGUGACUUUUAGUGCUAUACUGUAGCUUGGCCUAACCGUAUAAGCUAGCUGCGCUAAGUAUAAAUAAUGGUGU